UUUAUUCAUAUACAUUUUAUUGUCAUAUAAAACACUAUAUAUACAUACAUUACGCACAGUGUAUCAGGUUAUCAGAACAGCCACCCUUCGCUGUCGAUUCUAAUGGAUUUUCUCAGGGUUUUGUAUGGGACGUAGGAGUAUCAAAAACCUGAAGCUCAGGAUGAAGGAACCAGGCUAUAUUUCAGCAUACCCACUCAAUCUUGACACUAGAGGCGCUGAUGUCGUUCUGCAAUUGAAUUUUAAUUUCGGCACUGUGCGAGUUUGCAUACCCACUGUCUGACUGUGACCAGUCUAAAGAUGGAAGAUUGAUUUUGCAACAAUGAGCCGAAAGGAAGAAUAUUAUCCAAUACGUGUGACAUAUACGAAGAAGUAAUGAAGAGAACGGCUGGAUGGUUCCUAUAAACCUUAAAGUUGAUUCACAAAACCCUCUAAGAUUUCUGAUCUAAGAGUUCUCUUAGAGGACACUUACGGAAAAUGUACACAAACACUAAGAUUCAUUCACAGAACCUUCUUAGCCUAUUCUAAGCAAUUGCGUAGGAUAAGUGAACAAGUAACGUUAAGUGAAUGCGUAACUACAGCAAUAACCAUUGUAUGUGGGUUCACAGCCAGCGCAAGACUGGCCUUAUUAUGCAAAUAGCGUUAUUAUGUGAAAAGGAUCACAGUACACCUUUAUAAGACUGUUUCUUGUAAAAUUUCGCACACACUUUGUAUCGGUGACUAGGCCAGCAGUGAUGACGGACAGACAUGACAGUGAGAAAAGGCAAAGAAAGGAAAACUUCACGCCACGAGAAAUACAAAAACUCGUCGAUCUGUUGUCCGCGAGGUGGAAACUGAUAAGCAGCAAGUUUGGGGAUAAUGUGACUCUUGAACGAAAAAACAAGGCCUGGAAAGAAAUUACUCUUAAAAUUAACAGUAUUUCGCCAUGCCUUCGAACUAAGGAAGAGUUGAAGAAAAAAUGGGACGAUCUCAAACUGAAUGCGAAGAAGAAGGCAUCAAAGAAGACGCGUUCGGUGGCUGUAACAGGGAAUCUACCCCUAGACGACCCGUCCUCGGGUGACAAUUGUGCCAGUGGUGGAGGAAUGUCAUGUAGCCUCAACGACAUGGACGAGAGGAUUGUUGGACUAAUGGGCAAUGACCUUGUCCAAGGCAUUGAUGGAGGGUUCGGCUCGGCAGCCAGACAAACCACACCCAAAAGCAGGACAAAGACUGUGAAGUCGCCAACUAUGAUGUCACCAAGUCACUGCGCAUCAGGUAGUGACGCAUCAGGUAGUGAUUUGGAUGACUUUGAUAUCUCGCAAGGCAGCCCCACUUUUGGCAUCACAUCGAAGAGGUCGAAGAAUAAUCCGCAUUAUGAAGGGUCUCCAAUUAAAAGCCCAACACCACCACCGUUUGAGAGAACGCAAAUGCAAGUGAAGCACCAGCCCUGCGUCAAAAGACCAAAUGCGUCUGCUGCUGUCGGGGUUACCAUCGGGACACCAGAAGCGAAAUCCUCUAAGACCGCACCUCCCCCAACGCCAACUGCCGAACUGGUCACCACUGAGAAACAACGCCUGGAAAUCUACAAGCAGCGGCUAAAGCUUGAAGAAAAAAGAACGAAGUUGACAGAGACGGCUGUAGAAUUGCUUCAAACCUUGGUGUCUAUUGAGAAAGAUAAAGUGAAGGGCAAUGAAAGUCGUGUAGACAAAUCAAAGGAUGAUGUACAUGUACCUGUUAAUAUUUUUGAGCAAUUUAAAAAAAGGAAGCAGACCAAGAAGUAAGUUGUGGGUCUCAGUACAUUUCAUUAAAUUUUGCCCUUCACAUCUGAAAGAAUGGACUGGUCUAUUUCAACACGGAAGUGCGGUAAAUAUAUAGGACUGGCGGUAAGCCAAUAAAGUUCA